CGCGCGGCCCGUGUGCCGACGGCCCAGCCGGGCCCCGCCUCGCCGCGCUCGCCAGGAGGGGCGGGAGCUGUGGAGCGACGACAGCGGGCAGGCAGGCGCGGAGCUGCCCUUCCAUAAGAGCCGCCAUUAGCUGUGGGACCCCGUGACAGGGUCUCAGUUUAGGCGGCUGACGGGGAGUGAAGGUAGCCGGGGUGGAUCCCCGUUUGAUGGAUCCCCGGAUAGCCUGGUUCCAGCCAGAGCAGCUUGGUCCCUCGAACCGCCUGUGGAUGCAGAUCUGGGAAACUACGCAGGGGGUCCGCAAUCUCUACUUCCAUCAGCAGCAGCAGCAGCAGAGCGCCCCCGCUGGGGCCGGCCCGGUCUCCCCGCCCAGCAUGUACCGCGCUGAUCCCCAGCCCGACUUCCUGCAGCUCGAGGGCGCCAACAACCAGCAGAACCGGAGUCAGCACCGGACCUCGCUGUCCCUGGGGGCUGCUGCCUGGGCCCGGCCCGCACAGGUCGAGCCGUCUGCCGCCACGGCCGCCAGCAACAAGAGGAAACGCGACAACAAGGCCAGCACCUUCGGCCUUAACUACAGCCUCCUGCUGAGGCCUCCUGGGCAGGGCCGGGCCCUCGCCCUAGGAAAUGAGCCGGCCGCCCGGGCCCAGGCCGGCCUGGCCGAGUCGCUCUACAUCGGCACCCCUUGGAAGAAGAGGAACUACAGCCAAGGAGUCAUGGGUCUUCAUGAAGAAAUCAUUGACUUUUAUAAGUAUAUGUCUCCCAGACCUGAAGAAGAGAGAAUGCGGAUGGAAGUGGUGAACAGGAUAGAAAACGUUAUAAAAGAGCUCUGGCCUAAUGCAGAUGUGCAGAUAUUUGGAAGUUUUAAAACUGGUUUAUAUUUACCUACAAGUGAUAUUGAUUUAGUUGUGUUUGGAAAGUGGGAGACAUUGCCUCUUUGGACCCUGGAAGAAGCUCUUAGAAAGCACAAUGUAACAGAUGAAAACUCAGUAAAGGUUUUAGAUAAAGCAACUGUACCUAUUAUUAAACUGACAGAUUGCUUCACUGAAGUAAAAGUUGAUAUAAGCUUUAAUGUACAGAACGGGGUUAAAGCAGCCCAGCUCAUCAAAGAUUUUAUCAAGAAAUACCCUGUGUUACCAUAUCUAGUUUUAGUAUUGAAGCAGUUCCUGUUGCAGAGGGACCUUAAUGAAGUAUUUACAGGUGGAAUCGGUUCUUACAGUCUUUUUUUAAUGGCUGUCAGCUUCCUUCAGCUACAUCCCAGGGAAGAUGCCUGUAUGACCAAUGCCAACUAUGGUGUUCUUUUAAUAGAGUUUUUUGAAUUAUAUGGGCGUCACUUCAAUUAUCUGAAGACUGGAAUCCGAAUAAAGGAUGGCGGCUCUUACGUUGCCAAAGAUGAAGUGCAAAAAAGCAUGAUGGAUGGCUACAGACCAUCAAUGCUGUAUAUUGAAGAUCCAUUACAGCCAGGUAAUGAUGUUGGGAGGAGUUCCUAUGGUGCCAUGCAAGUGAAACAGGCUUUUGAUUAUGCCUAUGUUGUUUUGAGCCAUGCAGUUUCCCCAAUAGCUAAAUAUUACCCUAACAACGAAACGGAAAGUAUAUUAGGUAGAAUAAUUAGAGUAACACAAGAGGUGGCUGCAUACAGAGAGUGGAUAUCAAAGCAGUGGGGAAUGCAAAGUAGAGCGGAGUCUUCGUGUAACAGUAAUGGAGUAACCUUGAUAGUAGAUACUCAGCAGCUAGACAAAUGCAACAAUAAUCUUGCUGAAGAGGAUGAAGCACUAUCAAAACCUAGAAAUAAAACUUCAGAAAUACUUAGUAAACAUUCUUCAAAUUCUUCGUCAGGUCCUUCAUCAUCAUCCUCUACACUGUCCAGCUGUAGCGAUGUAGAUUCUGAUGGAACACCUUGCAAAACGUCUAAACAGUUGAGUUGUCAUCAGUCUACCAAAAACAGAGUGGGGUCACAAGAAGUGUCACUGGAAUCUUCCCAGUCAAGUGGGAAAACACAAAAUAGCCAAACAGCCAAUACUUCCAGCAACAUGAACAAAUCUCAGCAUGGAUCUGCAUGGUUAUUUUGCUCUUCUAACAAAGACUUCCAGGGUCCAAUAAACUCAAGCCACAGUACCUCAGUCACAAACAAACAUCAAGGCAGCAAAUCACACCAUCACUUCUUCCAUGGCAAAAAGAGGAAGCACAAGAGGGAUACGGCCCUUUCAGGCCUUUGUAGAUAGUUGCCUAUAUUAUGACUGCCUUUCUGUGUGCAAUGAUCUCAUGCUACAGGAUAGUUUGAUAGUGACUCCUUGGAUCUCUUCCAGAGCUUCAGACUGUUACUGAUUAGCAACUGCAAUUUUUUUUCCCAGCUCACCACAGAACAGAUCAUGAAGAUUGAUCACUGCAAAAAAUGUUAAAAAAAGAGAAACAAAAACAAAAAAGAGGAAAAAGCUACUCAUUUAAUAAGUCAUAUGCUACAACAGGGUCAUUUAAGAUAUAAAUGCUUGAAUGUAAAAUAAAUUUAUUUCUCAUGCUGACCUGUAGAGGUAGUACUCAGUGUGUCUAGGGGUUGGUAACAAACAAAUAAAACACACAAAAUAGGGGGCAAAAAAGUCAAAAAGUUGUAUUUUGAGGGAAACCCAUCCUUUAAAGGUGAAAGUAAUUUGUGCAUGAUUUUCUUAUUAUUUUUGCAUAUACUUACCCUUUUAUUGUGUAGGUAUACAUAACCAUAAAGGGAAACUGACAUUUGUAAUAGUGGAUUUGUUAAUACUUUUUAUAUAACAUUACUGUUUAAAUUGUAAACAAUUUUUUCUCAGGAUUAGUUUGGAAAAUAAUCUGAAUUGUUAUCUUAACAUCCAUAUAAAGAAACAUUACUUGUUAUAUUGCUCAGAAUUUCUUUUCUUGGCAUUUAAAACAUUUAAUAGAACAUUUGAUCUGCAAAAGCUGUUCCUUUGCAAGAAAGGCUUAUGGUGACAAAUGAUGUUUUUCAUUUGUAUAAAGUGUACAUGUACUUUGUGAAGACGCUGAGUUUGUCAUCUUGGAGAAGUAACCUUCACCUUGUUUUCUAGAAUGCCGUCAUUUGGAUGGAGUCUUGGGUGACAUGGUUUAGUGUGUGGUGUCCCUGCCUAUGGCAGUGGGGGGUUGGAACUAGAUGAUCUUAAGGUCCUUUCCAACCCUAACUAUUCUAUGAUAUCAGGCAAUGGGGUUUUAUAGUUGCAUCCUUCUCUUCCGCCCCUUACUGGUCUCUCCCCAACCCUUUCUUUUUUUUUAAAGAAAUAUAAAGCCACUUGGGGGGUUGGUGGUGUUUGGUUGGUGGUGGUGAUUGUUUUAUUCUUGUUUGUUUGUUUAAAAAAACCCACAAAGGACAACUAGAUUUGUUAGACAUUUGCAUUCCUGGGCUGCUUUAAUCCCAUUCCUCUUUGUGCCUUCCACUCCCCCUUCCAGGUAUGGGGCUUUUUGUGUUUUGUAUUUUUGCUAACUCCUGUAGGAGAUAACUGUUGAAACAUUAAGUAAAUUUUACAAUUAAAGUAUUUUUUCUCACUCCCUUCUGAGGCAUUUUCAUAUUUACACUUAAUUAUUAAAAAAAAAAAAAACUACUUCAAAUAAUAAAAUAUGUUUUGUAUUGCCUUAAAGACCCAAACCUUUUAUAUCUCAUAGUAUUUCUUGUUGAGCUAGUUAUCAUUUAAUUUCAGCUCUGCAUUUGUCUGGUUCAGUUGCAUUACAAGUCUAGGUUGCAGUAACUGAUGCCAUGAAUGUGAAGUGUGUAAUUGCCCUCACACACAGGCAUAGAUAGCUUGGCACAGGAGUUGGGAUACUUCAGUAGAGGAAAGUGGCAUUUACUUUCACAUACUUCUUUAAAGAGGAAGGUGUGCACUCAGCAUAUGUGGCUGUAUUUAAUGCAGCUGUUCUGGAGAUGAUUACUAUUAGCUUUUAGAAAUGUUUUAUAUUAUGCAUUUACAGAAUACUACAGACCAACAUGACCCUUAAUGGGCACUAAUGAGUGCAGUGAUUUUUAAAAUAAAAUAAUGCUAAAAUAAGACCAGAACUGAUGUAAUCACUUAAUAAACAUUUUCAAUGUGUUAAAGUGGUUUACUUCAAAAAGGAAAAUAUAUGUAUUAAAAAAAAUGGAAAAUCAUAACAUUUAGUCAAACACUAAGCUUAUAAGUGACAUUAAUUUGACAAUGGUUUGGUGUUUUUUUAAAGAUUUUUGAUUAAUAUUUUAAUUUGAUCAUAUAAUUUUAUCAACAAGAUGCUCAGCUUUUGUUUAUAGAAACUAGUAAAAGUUGUACUACAUUAUGCAUAAUCACAGUAUUAUUUUAGAUUCUUGUGAAUGUGUAGACUUAUAUUCACUGCUUAAGGAAAAAUUAUUUAUAAAUUAUAUUAAUCCAGUAUUGUUAGCUGCUAUUAGCAAACCUGUUCUAAAACUUGCAAAGAUCUGUAUUGCAUUUCCCACACUGAAGUGUUUUUAAAAGAAUCGCCCUCAUUGUUGAAAGCAAAUGUACUCUUAGGGUGCAGAUAUUAGUGUUCCAUUAAGCAUGUAAUAAUUUUAAAGUGGUGGUAGUGGGAAGGUAAUCUUGAUUCCAUUGAGAAUCUUAGCUUUGCCUCAGUUUAUGGUUUUCAUAAAUUUAAUGGAAAAUAGCUUUUCCUGAACUGUUCAAGUUUCUUUUUGGUAAACAGUAUCUUUCUAAAAAAAAAAAAUAUGAAGAAAAAAUUGAGGUAUUUUACAUUGCCUCAAGUGACCAGCAUUGUAUUAAUAAAAUACUGUAUGUCUUGCAAAUCUUUAUUUAAACAGAACAGUUGAACUGUUCAUUUUUCAAUCUGAAGUAAAAUACUUUCAAGACUUUUUACUUUGCCUGCUCAUUUGUCUUGUAGUUUUCAUCUCUGUAUUUGACUCAAGUCUAAUUCCUUUUUGAGUUUCAAUAAUUCUGUGAAGAUUUUGUGAAUAUAUGAAAAAUAAACGUUUAACUACUGCAGUUUAUCACCAUUCUUGAUGCUUACCCUAUUUUUUCCUUCACAGCACUGUAUGUGGAAAGAGCAGGCUACCUUUGCAGUCUUGCUGCUGGUAGUCUACCAAAGAUCAUCUGAAAUACAUAAAUAAGCUGAAAUGUUUAUGUAUCUUCCAUUUGACAUUAGCUUGAUUUGGUAAAGAUUUUUUUUUAUUUGUUUGUUUGGGGGUUUUACUUAAAGAACAGUUCAAAGGUUGUUUAUAGUUAAAAGAUGUGUAUUACUUACUAUUUCUUUUAAUUGUCAGUCUUCUACCUUGUGGCAGAAAAGAAACUGAAAUGUAAGGAAAUCUUCCUGUUUGUAAGACGUGAUGUGAUCCUGUUUUCUAACCUCCAUGUUCUGUGCAGCUUCCUCGGAACUUACAGCUCAUGUUUUUAAAUGUUUAUAAUAAACUUGUUUUCCUAGAACUUAA